CAUCCUGCAGUUCCCAUUGAUGCCACACAUGGAAUGCGGAUGUUGUAUGUGUUUGUCGAUAUAAAGAUUGAUGUCUCGCACUUUGUGGACACAAUUCGUUUCAACUUUGCCCGUGGAACAUCACUGGCCUUUGUGAGCACUAUCCAGUUUGUGUCAGCACUUCAGGCCGCUGUUCAAGAUCUUCGUCCUGAUUACAAAGUUCUCGUCCCCCAGAGUAAGCCAUUAUCCCCGGGAGAAAUACUGGGAUGCACUUCCCCACGACUUGAGUCUUCUGUAGAUGCUGUUGUGUAUCUGGGUGAUGGUCGCUUUCAUCUGGAGUCAGUAAUGAUUGCCAACCCAGACACGAAGGCUUUCAGGUACGAUCCAUAUAGUAAGGUUUUCUCGCGGGAGUAUUACGAUCACAGCAGCAUGCUAAAAAAUCGAGGCAAUGCCAUUUCAUCGGCUGCGAGAGCUAAAACAUGGGGCCUCAUUCUUGGUACUUUGGGGCGACAAGGAUCCCCCAAAAUACUUGAGCACCUGGAGUCACGUCUACAGGCUCUCGGCUGUCGUUACGUGCGGCUUCUGCUGUCGGAAAUCUUCCCUAAUAAACUCAAGCUGUUCCCAGAGGUGGAAGCGUGGAUACAGAUCGCCUGCCCGAGACUUUCUAUAGAUUGGGGAACCGCCUUUCCCAAGCCUCUGCUAACUCCAUAUGAGGCUUGCGUGGCUCUUAAAGAAACAGAAUGGCAGAAGACUUAUCCUAUGGAUUUCUAUUCCAAUCAAUCUUUGGGUCCUUGGACGGUGAACCACGAGUCUCAUCGUCCUCCACGUGUGACAGCUAGACAAACGAAGGGUCCUUUACCAAGAAAGGAGCCAUCCUUGGACAAGUGUGCACAGGCAGAAGAUUUCCCAUGUCAGGAUGACGUACAGAGGCAAGCCAAAUGACAAUGAUGGAGAUUGUGCCCCCACCCACACCCCUCGGGCACUUUUGUACUGAUUAUUGGAGAUACAAAAGGCAUCUGCAAACUCCAGCAAGAAGGUGUGAAGAAACCAAAUGAACCCGUAUAUAUUGUCAGCUUAGUAAUAAUAAUAGCGUCAUAGACCUGGAGAGAACCAUUAUUAACCCAUUCAAGUUAUACAACUGACAAAGCAUCGCCUCGUUAAUUUAUUACACUUUAAAGCUCUGAGAAACGUGGACCACAUAGUGAGGUCAGGUUGCAUCCAGCUGCACCCUCCUUUUCUGUCUUGGGGGUUUCUUGAGCCAUGCAAUGUCUGCUGCUAAUUAAAAUCUCUGCUUAAUAAGGGCUUGUCUGAGCUGCUCCCCCUCCUCCCGCUGUUGCCUGGGUGAUGAGGAAUCGGAACCCGUGGAGCCCCCACUACUGGCACAGACUGCAGCAUCCCCUCCUGUGAGAGCCAAUCACCUCCCGCGUGGAGACCCACAGCAAGCAGCUCUGUAAUGUCUAUGUGAUGGGAUCACGGGCUUUAAUGUUCCUUGGAAGGGGCCCAGCAAUCACUGCGCCUGCAGCUUCUAUCCUGGGAAGAGCUGAACUCGAGGGGUGUUACAUUGAUUGAAGUAAGAGAGCGCAUAAACAACAAACAGCAGAUGCAGAAUACAAAACCUCAAAGUGGGUCACCGUUCCAGCCAUGUGACGUUCCAAGCUCUUCAUUUCUCUUAACAAUAAAUGUUAAAUAUGGCUCCUUUUCUCAUUAAAAGUGAACUGAAUUUUC